UGGUAUUAUGUUUGAACCAAGCCUUGUUUGCCUAAAAAUCAGUUAGCACAAUGCACAGGACGAGACAGUGGCUCGUAAUUAUUACAUUAUGUACAUAAAAUUCUUAGUAUUAGGGAUUUUUCAAUUUAUUGGCUCCUUCUUUGAAUUUUCAGCUCCAUCAAUCAUGGCUUUCAUCUGUUUGAUCCUAGUAUCAACUCUCUUCGGUUUUAAUGCCGACCAUAUUCUGCCUGGGCUCAGCGGUAUUUAUGGAGUCAACCGGUACAACCCUUACGCUCCCUACAACCAGUACUAUGGUUACCCCAGCCAGUUUUACCCACGGCAGGGUGUUUAUCCAGGACAGAUUCCGUAUCCAGGACAGGGUGCUUUUCCAGGACAGGGUGCUUUUUCAGGACAGGGUGCUUUUCCAGGACAGGGUGCUUUUCCAGGACAGGGUGCUUUUCCAGGACCUGGACAAGGUCUCCAGGGACGUCCUUAGGUUCAUGGAGGAAUAAGUAUGGGAAUAUGCAACAUGAAAUCCAAAGGUGCCAACUUGACGGAUAUGCUGGGGUGUAGGUUUUUCUAAUGUUCAUAACACUAUUCAAUGUGAGCUUUUAUACUGGCGUGAAUAGACUAUAAUGAGUUUCAA